GCAGACUGCAGCACACACACCCGCCCUCCGAGCUCCGAGCUCCGGGCUUUAUAAGCCUCAGACCUCCCUCUCUGCUUCACAUAACGUUCCCUCCUGCAUCAGCUCCGUGCAUCUCUCCAACAUUUACCGAAGAGCAGAAAGAAAGAUGAGCUCCGCAUGUUUGCUCCUCCAGCAGCCUUCCUACGGCGCUGCGCCGUGGUCGUGCCCGCCGACAGUGAGCUGCAGCUCGGACACAAACAGCAGCCGGACCUCUCUGUGGAGACCGUGGUUAUCCACCGGCCGGGACGGAUCAGAGCGAUGCCCACGAAGCAAGCUGUCCUCUCCUUACUCCAGACCCUCGGUGCCGGGAUGCUUCUCGUCUGAUGGGAAAGCUCAGGCCUUCCAGCACCCCGUCAGGCUCUACUGGCCCAAAUCAAAGUCCUUCGACUAUCUGUACAGCGACGGAGAGGCUCUGUUGAGGAACUUCCCGGUUCAGGCGACCAUCAGCUUCUACGAGGAGUCCGACAGUGAAGACGAGAGUGAGGAGGACGAGGACGAGGACUCUGAGGAGUGCCUCAAACAGCCGUCUCAUUUCACCUCCUACAACUGAGGCAGGAGGAGAAGCUGAUUGUGUUUCAAGACUCUGUCUGCGUUCGUACCUCGAACAGGCGCGAGCACAAACGCCCUCGAGUUACGUCUGAAGAUCGUCAGUCAGGACCGCCGGUCCAUCCAGGUCGAGGUGGGCCGUGAAGGCCCCCAAACACACCUGCACUCAGACUUCUUCCAGUCGAAGGCCGUUUACUUUAUUAGUCAGUGUUCUGGUUUGCGUCCUGCAGCUGAGCUGUAUCUGCUACAUAAAGUUGUUCGUGUUCAUGGUGAGCGCCACGUUCUCCCAUAUUGGGAUCCCGUCCGGUUUACAGUCUCAGGUCUAAUCCUUCCUGUGUAUAAAACACGUUUCUAACUUAUGAUGUUCAUAGCUUGUACAUAAACACAUAUUUAUGUUGACUUAUUUUUUUAUACAUGUGUGCGUCAGGCUCAGUGUGAACUGUCUGAACUCCAGAAUAAAAUAUUU